GAACAGAAAACCUGUUCCACCAACUAGAGUCUGAGUCCCCUCCUUAUUGUUCUUUCCUCUCACGCCUGCAGCGAAACCACACAGCAAACCAUAACCACUGCUGCCUUUACAGCCGAGUUAAAUCUUAUGGUCAAAAUUAUCUUGGGCUCAACUGAAGGUGGAUUUUGUUGCUUUCUUUGACUUGGUGGCAAACUUCAAUCUAUCACUUGGAUUUCUUUUUUAGCAACAUGCAGACGCAGCUCAUUGGUGUGUGUUUGGCAAUCGUUGGCUUUCUUGGCACCAUCCUUAUCUGUGGACUGCCCAUGUGGAAGGUGACAGCCUUUGUUGGAGCGAACAUCAUCACCGCUCAGGUCUUCUGGGAAGGUUUAUGGAUGAAUUGUGUGAUCCAGAGCACUGGUCAAUCGCAGUGUAAGGCCUACGACUCCAUUUUGGCUUUACCACAGGAUCUGCAAGCUUCCAGGGCUCUGAUCUGUGUCUCCAUCGCUGUCAGCGUGGUGGCCAUUGGGCUCACUGUGGUCGGGGCGCGCUGCACCAACUUCUUUAGUGGCGACUGGCUCACCAAAGCUAACAUUGGCCUGGCCGGAGGUCUGGUGUUUAUAUUAGCAGGGCUUCUUUGUGUUAUUCCUGUCAGCUGGUCGGCUUACAGCAUCAUUACUGGUUUCUACAACCCCCUGUCCACCUCUGGGAGGAGGGGAGAGCUUGGAGCUUCUAUAUAUGUGGGCUGGGCAUCUGGAGCUCUGCUCAUCAUCGGUGGAGGGGUGUUGUGUAGCACCUACAGAUGCUGAGGAUGAGGAGAAGAGAGAGAAGGACAGUACACAACGCUAUAAGUCAAAUACAAGCUGAUGUUGAAAAUGUGCUGUUAGGACUAUACUGUGAUGGACUCUGCUUCAGCCACUUUUUUCAACAUUUGUUUCAACCUUAGUUAAAUGCUCUAUAUUGACAUUUUACAAUUGAUGUUGGUAAAAUAUGAAAGUGUGUAGCAUAUUUAAGUGUUGCAUGACCAGAGCUUGCAAUGUUUAUGGUUGUUUUUUAAGCAAAGGAUGGAAAAAUAUAGUCUGGUUGAGCCGAUAGUUGUAAAAGGUGAAAACACUAAAAAAAUGUUUAAUGCAGAGAUCUGAGUUCAUGGGAUGUGUUUUAGUGUAUGCAGAACACAUUAUUAAUGCUGCAUGAAUAGUUAGACCUUUAAAGACCAGUGAUGACAUUUUUACACAAAUUCUUAAACAAUAUUUUUUUACUGUGUGAUGAGGAAAUGUGUCUUUGUUUGCAACAAGACAGCAUCAUUUAAUUUUGGGAAUUUCAGAGACAUCUGACAUCUGUAUCUUAACAAACAAAUAAAUUCACCCUGUAUAUAGUUGUAUUUUUGUAGACAAGUUCUGCAAUUUGUUACAAAAUUUACUUGCAUUAAAAAAAGACUUUCUCAAAAGAUGUAUAAUAUAAUGCCCAGUGAAGAAAGAAAUGUGUUAUUUUGAGAUUCUCUGUGCUCUACAGUUCAACAGUAAUUUCAGUGUGCAUAAAAGCCUGAAAAACGUGAUUUGGUUAGGUGUGUUUGACUACUCUCUAAUAUUUACAGAUUGCUCAAGUUGCCUCUCUCUGGACCACGUUUGCAUAUCUCUAGUAAUCUUUGGAUCAUCUGAUUAACGUAACAGCAAAACAACAGUUGACGAGAGCAGCAUACUCUACUACAGCAGAAACAAGAUGAGAAA